AUGAAACCUCAAGACAUUAUCGCUUGCCGGACCAGCCUGUGGAUCUUUGGGUACGGGUCGCUGGUGUGGAAGCCUGACUUCAAGUACAUAAGGAGUAAGGUUGGUUACAUUCAAGGCUACAAGAGACGUUUCUGGCAAGGAGACAACUUCCAUCGGGGAAGUGACGAGUUGCCCGGAAGAGUGGUGACACUGAUUGAAGACGAUGACGCAACUACUUGGGGCAUAGCAUUUGAGGUGUCAGACUCACAAGUGGAAGAGUCCCUCAAGUACCUCAAUGUCCGUGAGACGGUCUGUGGGGGCUACAUCACCAGGAUUGUGGAUUUCUAUCCUGAAGGAGAGGACAGGUCUCCUGUUCCAGCACUGGUGUACAUUGCCACCGCCGACAACCCUCUCUACCUGGGACCAGCCACUCCAGAGGAGAUCGGUGCCCAGAUUGCCGUGUGCAGAGGGAGGACAGGCCAUAACCUGGAGUACCUGCUCCGGCUGGCAGAGUUCAUGAGGAAGAGCUGCCCACAUGUGGAAGACCAUCACCUGUAUUCCAUUGAGAAAGCGGCUCUGGCUGUGGUGUGUUACCUAUUGGUAGCUUGUACCCUUUGUUUCAUUAGCUUUCAGCAGAUACAUAAUCAUUGAGGUGUUUAUCUGUCAUGCCAGUCUUCCUGUUUUUGUAUUCUAUUGGUUCAAUCUUCCAUCCAGUGUUUUGAAUCAAAACCACUAACAAUGAAAGGGAAGCGUAAUAAACCUGUUGGGUGUGCCACACAACACUAAGAAUUGUGCAAUCAUUGUCAACUGUAAACAUUGUGCAGUUGUAUUUAAAAUGAAAAGUAAUGGUUUGGAUGUGCUCAGUUCUGAUUCCGUCCAGUGAAGUCAAGUUAACUCAACUUGUUACACCCAACUGCAAUUUAGAUGGUGGCUGUGAUGUUUGAAAGAACUACACUUCUGUCCAGUUAAGUCAAAAUGCAAAUAAAAACUGAAAAGAA